AUGGAGCCAACAGCAGAGGAUAGACACAACAAUUCACACUCGGCUCACGAGCUCGAGAGGUUUCACACACCAAAAGAAGAGUUCCAGACUCAACCACACCAUGACUACCAAUACCAACGAGAUGAAUCGAAUCCCCUCUGCAGGUCAAACUCAUCGCCAACGCCAGGCUCACCACAACAAUCUGACAAAGCAUCACACCAUCGACGACCAAGCAGGGCAGUUGCACUAGAGAAGCUCCGAAAUCGUCCAAAAAAGCUACGAAAGGCUCUGAUUGCAAACAUCUUGAGAUGGUUUGCUUCAGUGCUGUUUGUCGUCGCUAUUUACGUGAUAUUAUGGUACUACUCAAAGCUAGAUAUCAUGUCAACAACGACAAAACGAGAAUUCAACGCUCUCAUUAUCGGACUCUCCCUCGGUCUUGGAAUGAGCAUAACGAUAUCCCUUGAGGCAAUGGCUGUGGAGAUUAGAUAUUGGAUCAUCAGUCUUCGAGAUUGGCCAGAUCGAGAGACCGAGUUGAUAUUAAAAGCAAAAGACUUGACCAAGAUCAUCCAACUCACUUGGGUAUCGAAAUCACGUUCGCUACGGUCAUACGCUGUGGCUUUCAUAAUACUCAACAUCAUAUCCCAGAUUGCUCUAGCUAUGCUCGGUCUCGUCUAUUCUACAAACACAGCUGACUCGGCUGCAAUUCUACACCCUGGCAAUGUCACAGUACCAGACAUUUAUGGCACUAUCGCCCUUGGAGCGAACUGGGGAACCAUGGACGAUAUCCCUAAACCUGGAACACUCUGGGACAACAACGAUCCUUUGGCGUACUGCGGCGGAAACUCUUGCACAUACGUCUUCCAGGAAUCCACGUCACGACCAAAGAACUACGAUCUCGUGGUGAGCACCAACCGGAGCGUUGAGGCCACAGGAAAUUGCCGCAGCUGGAAGGUCGCAAAGGGAGGUAACGGAAACGAAAUCACCAUCACAAUCGACGACGACAAGAAAACACAAGUCAACAUCACAGCCAUAAACGGCGCCAACCAAACAACAUUCAUGUUCAACGCUGCGGCACCCCAAGGCCAAACAUGGAGCGAAGUCGCAGCCUUUGAAGCCUCAAGCUCCCAAGCAUGGUUCUACCGUUGCAACGUCAGUAUCGGACCUGUCGUCAACGCCAUGCGCAAGGAGCACUACAUCGGAACCAACAUCACAUCUCUAGCCACUUCAGCUAUAGCUCUCCAGGGAUACGGAGCUUCCUCACUAGGUCCCACGGAUAGCGAUCGACAGUUCCAGAGCUAUCCGGCCGAGUCGUCGUAUGGGCAGCCCAUGAAUGGGAGCACAGAAGACAUGGGACAGGUCAUGUCGACUUUUGCGAUUGGUGUAAUAGCUGUCACGGCCCAGUCUGCUACUGGCAUAAUAGUCCCGGGGUUGCAGCCUCAGAAUGGCGUUGUGUUGCAGAUUACAAAGUGGAUGUAUGUACAUCUCAUCUUGGGUUUGAGUUUGGGUGUGCAGUUGUUAUUGGGCGUUGGUAUUGCGAUACUGUCAAACUUACCUUCGAGGUAG